AGUAUUAAGUAAUAAGUUUAAAUAUAUGUAUGCAGAAAUUUGCUUUAAAUGUUAACUACAGAAUAAAGCAAAAUAUUAGUUUAUUAGUUAGUUAUUACGAUGACCGAAAAUGAAAUUGAAGACCCAGUUGAAACAAUGUUAAAGAAAACAGGAUGUAUAGAUUUGCACUAUAAAGUUCAAGAAUGUAUAGCUGAGAAACAAGAUUGGAGAAAAUGCCAAGACGUUGUUCAAAAUUUUAAAGCAUGUAUGCAAGCUUAUACAACUAAACAAACUGAAAAAUACGCCAAUAAAUAAUAUCACUCUAAUAUUUUUAUUACUUCAAAAUGGUUUUAAAGAUAGUGAAAGGAUUAUUAACUAGUUCUGCUUAUAAAUAUAAAAUGGUGUUUGUUGUUAGAACAGACAUAGGUUUGCGUAGUGGUAAAAUAGCUGCUCAAUGUUGCCACGCUGCCAUUCUAUGCUACGAAAAGUCUUCAAUUACAAAUGAAAAA